CCUGACGAAGAGAAGGAAAAGUCAACGUCAAACCUUUUCAAUGAGAGAAACAAUUCCGGAAAAUCUUUCAGGACAAUCAGAACCAAAAUUGCUUGUGCUCUGAAGAAUGGGCGGAGGUGAAAAAAGACGACCGGAAAAUGAUGGCAAAUUUGGGCAGGAAGAGCCCACCAAAACUGAUGACCGAGAAUUGUACAAUUCUCCAAAACCAAAGAAGAUUCAGAAAGUGGAAGAAGACGUCACAUUCUAUCACCAUGAAGGCUGUAUAAAAAUAGAAAUCGAGGUUGACGAUCAGCUGGAGUCCAAUGCCAAAGAUUCUGAAUCCAAAACUAAACAUGAUGAGGAAGAUAACAUCUUGAUUAGAGAUGAUCGAAAUUCCUGCUGUAACUCUCCAGAAAUCAAGAAUGUGAAAAAUGUUAACAUCAAAAUUGAAAUCGGGGUUGAAGACCGAGAUUCAUCUUCUGUUCCUGCGACAUCAUCAGAUACCAGCAAUCAUGCUGUUGAAAAGAAGGUGAGCUUCAAUAGAAAUCCGAGCCUACCUGCGGACGAAAUUGAAUUAAUUGACUUAACCGAAGAUCCAGCUGAUUUAAUUACAAUUGAUUCGGAAACCGAUGAUGACGUGUCCGAGAUCGGUAGGAAAGGAUUCGAAGAGCCUGCCACCAACGUAUUAGAAAAGAGAGCAUCUAUCAAAGUAGAAACGCAAGAACUCUCACCAACGUUUGAUGAAAUAGAAAUUGACGAGGAGACCGACUCAAAUGUCAAUAAUGUAGUAAUAGUUAAAGUUGAAGAACCUGCAUUGGCAGCUACAGAAUUCCUUGCAGCACCUGAUACCGAAGAUGACGUGUCCGAGAUCGGUAAGGAAAGAUUCGAAGAACCGGCCAGCAGCUUAUUAGAAGAGAGAGCAUCCAUAAAAGUGGAAACGGAAGAACUCUCACCAACUUUUGAUGGAGAAGAAAUUGAAGUGGAGACCGACUCAAAUGUCAAUAAUGUAUUGGUUGAAGAAUCGUCUGCAUUAACAGCUACCGUAUACAUUGCAGCACCGUUGAUUGAAAAUCAUAUCUUGGAGAUAAUUGGAGAAGAUAAACAUUUAGGAGAAUGGGCACAUCCUCAAGGAAAAUUUGAAUCAGUCAUUGAAAUCAACGCGGAUUUGCGGAUAUUCAAGGGAAUUAUUCCGGUCCCUUCGCAGAUUCGCUCAAAAUUCAAAUUUGUGCACACUACUACCGAUGAUAAUACAAUCGAAUAUGAAGGAGAUGGACAGCGGGACAACCGGACGGACGAAUUGCUUCCUGACACUUGGCAUUUUUUUAUUUUCAAGACCAAAUCUAAUAGAUCCGUGAUUUCAAAAUUUUUGAGAAACUUGAAAACGUUUAAUCAGAAAUCAGAGCCUAGAGAAAAAAUAGCAUUCGAGUUUUUCAACAUUGUUUUCAACCACACAUGUGAAAACUUAUUACCAGAUUGGAAUCGUGCUUUCGAUUUUCUGGUUGAUUCUGUGCAAAAGAUAACGACAACUGCAGGCACUUGCUCUUCCGAUGGUUUUCGGCAGUUUCUUAAUGAGUGGAUUCAGAAACCAGAACUGCAAGUAAAUUUUGACCUGUUGAUCCUGUUGCUAAUAGGAGUUUACAAGAUGGAUAUUUAUUCGCCAAAAUUAAGAGAAAUGUUGGAGCUCAAAAGCAAAGAAUUCUCGAAAUAUUUGCAUAACUUCAUUACUAAUGUCAAAUUCAACCACCAAGAUUUUAAUGACAUUUUGGAGAAAAUUGCCAUCCGGGCUGGGCGUGAAUUUUGGUGGAUUCUCUUCCGCAUCAAUCGUCAUUCAGCAGCUAUCAAAAGAUACCAACGCAAGGAGCUGUUUCAGUCCAUACUCAAGAGCCUAGAAGAAAUCCCUGAAGUAUUGCUGGAUAACUCAGAAAGCGCUGCUCGAGUUGUCGAUUUUUUAAUUCAGUGGAACGACAUUGACGAACUUUACUUUCAUCUGCGACCAAUCUUGACCAAAAGUCCCAAGUACAAGCAACUUCUGGAUCCACUUCUGCUGAAACAUCUUCUGAUACACAAGACUAGCAUCGAAGACUUGAGAAGAAUUCUUCGGUCUGAUUUUAUGAGCGACGCCCAUCAAACUUUUCUACCCAAAGAAAUUGCUGGUGUGAAUGGAGGAGGAGAAAAAGAGAGGAUUGUAUUCGAUGAGUCUAUCAAGUUCAUUUUCAAUCAGAGUAUUUCGAACUUGGUGAAACUGGCUUGUUGCACUCCCAUUUACAUGUUGCCAGUUGUAGUGCCCGUCGUCGAAGAGAUUGCCUGUCUGAAAUUGAAAGAAACAUCAAAUUUUAACAAGGAAGAAUAUCGAUUCUUUGCCGAACUGGAAGAAAGCGGCCUCAAAAAUUUCCCGCAGACUAAAAAACUGAUCGAAUCAAAAGUGCUGGACAUGGCAGCUAAACAUGUGAAAUUGGGCUUCUUUCAGGAUGUUCCUUCAUUGAAACUCAUUUUACUCGGAUUGGCGCAGCGAGAAGACACUCCCUUUCUCGUAUGUCCCAGCAUCGCUGAUCUUCAAAAUGCUAUGAGCAAAUUGCCUAGAAAAUUUUUCCAGAACCUGCAUUUGAUUCUCAAGAAACCUGGUGUUUGCGUGGACAAAGUUUUGAAGCCUUUCCGAAAAGGAGAUACCAAGGAAAUUGUCGAGAAACUGGAGAAUCAUUUCGAUCAGUUGGAAGAAAUCCUCAACAAAAUUCAAAGCAGAAGCAUUCCUAUGAUUGAAUUUGCUAUUCUUCAGGACCCACAAGUGCUUGACUGUCUGAAAGGUGUUGGCUUCACAGAGCGGAAGCAAGCCGACUUCCGUCAAGAGGUCCAAGAAUUGCGAGGUCGCCGUAAGCUGUUCGUGUUACUCUACAGUAGAUUUGCUCGUUUAAAUGUAGUCACCACUAGAGAAGCCGAAAGCGACGAACAUUUGGAAGAUGGUGAAGAAGAUGUCAUUGCAUCCGAAACUAUCCAAAUCUUACAUCCGCUAGAGUGGGAGGAGGGAUACCUGAAGGCAGUUGAUUCUGGGAGAAGUAGUCUAACCUUGAAAGAAGCACUGGAUUUGUCGUUACCUAUGCAAAUGACAGACGCUCAGUGGCUGUUUGAAAUCAGAGAAUGUUCAUUAUUCAUGAACAAAGUAUGGAAACCAAUGGUCAAGGAUCUGCAAGGCAUCAAAGGCUGUGUCGUUUUCAUGGAAGAAGAAGUAUCGGAUUCAACGGUGUCGGAGAGGUAUCCGUUGUCCAAAGAAGAUUUUCACGUCCUUGUAUGCGAAUGUGCCUCCGAAUGGAAGGACUUGGCCCGCACUGUUGCAGAAGGCACCGCAUCAUUCAAGCAAAUGGAAGAAAUUAUCAUGAUAUCUCCCGAUCCCGAUGUUCUUUCGCGAAAACAUUUACAUGGCCUAGUAAUCGAAGGUGUUUCUGUAGCUUACCGAAAUUUUAAAACCCUUCAAGAGCUGCGACACUUUAUUAGUCCAUUCGUGACGGCCCUUCGGUUCUUCACCAUCUGCGAACGAGGCCCAAUUGAAAACAUGUAUCAUUUUGUCCAGAGUAAUUUGUUGAAUCAGUGGGAAACAAUGACUCUGGCGCAAAUCACAGAAAAAGGAAUCCUCAGGAUUUUGCAGGAAGAUCUCAACAUCGAUUCAGAACGGCCAGAAACCCGAGAGGCGAUGCAGUUUGUUAGUUCCUUGGUAACAGACGGAAAUUCUUCCCCUCUUAUUGAAUGGUUGAGAGAGAAAAACGAAAAUGACAUGGAAGCCAUGGGGAAAAUUCUACAAGGCACUUUGCUUGUUGCAUACGGUCAACUCCAGACACUUCGGACUCGAAUCGCACCUUUUCUCCAGAAAAAGUUCAAAACGUAUCGGGAUCUAUUGAAAGUUGUUCGGGUUUCAGAAGAACGUUUUGCCCAGCGCCUUUCUGGCCGCGUUCAGCCGAUUGAUUGCAAAUGGCUGGCUAAUAUGCUUCCCGAAAUUCAAGCUGCUGUUCGCGCCAGUAUAAUUUCACCAUCUGAAGAUGCCAAAGAAAAACUGGCCAAGCUCCGCACAGUUGUUAUCGAUCCUCAAAGCGAAUCCUACUCGAUCGAAAUCCGCUUAGAACCGACUGGAUCGCUUUCAAUGGAAGAACUCAAACAAGCUUUCCAGCUGCUGGAUAUGGCAGUGGACAUUUCUGUGGCGGACGGCAGUCACAAUACGGAAGACUUGGUGGGUCGUACCAGACGAAACGUCGGACAAAUCGAGCAACUUUCCGAAGUGUUUGGUCUUCUUUUCGCUUCCGGAUGCAUCUCUUAUACUUUCCGUAAGCGGAUCGUCAUUGAAUUGGCUGAUUUGGAAAAGGAGAUUGAUGGACUGAGUGCCAAGCUUGCAGAAUGGAAUCAACGGUGGAAAGAAAUCGAAGAAAUGUCUCUUUUAGCGCUCUUCUCUCGCGGUUACCUUCUCCAGUUGGCCGAUUUGAUUGGCCGGAACCAAAUAGAAGAUGUCCUCUCAAUUUUGAAAAUUCUACUGCCUUCGGCGACAGUCAAAAUGGAAACACUAGUCAAUCAACUGGUUCAAGAAGCACCUCGCAUCAGCGACACAACGGGUUGGCUGUCAACCGCUCAGCUGUUUCAAAUUCUCCGUGAUCUACACCGACUAAUUGAAGCCGUCUUCCACGAGAGAAGUCAAGAUCUCGCCCUCCCGGCAUUCCUCAUCUCUUACGGUCGAACAUUAAAGUCUCAUUUUAUCGACAAAUCAGUCGUCAUCUUGAACGUUUCACGAGAACUACUGGUCGGAAGUGCCUUGGCCGCCUACAUUUCACUGACUCGCCAACCAUUAGAGCCCAGCCGAAUCCUUUUCGUGACGACAAAUACGGACAAGCUGGAAGUCGAACGAUUCAUGAAACUUUGGUCUGUAGCCAAUGUUGAAAAAGACUUUUUCAUUAUUGUUCAUGUCGAGAGGCUUACCGUCGCCGGCGCUAGUGCCGUCCGAGAUGGAGUUGAUCGUGUCUUGCCGGAACGACGUACUAAACUCUUGCUACUAGCUCAGCAUCAUCACCGUGUCCAGUCAACGAAAUCGCUCGGCGCCCGCCUUGGUCUCAUUUCCGAUCGUCUGCUAGAGAUCAACUUCACUACUGACCAACUGCGUCAGUGCUUUUCUAGUCUUUUGCCGAAUGCAGCGAAUCUUCAUUUCUUCACGUCGAAAUUGCCCGGUUGCGGCAAGAGCCAGCAAGCUAUGCAAAAAGCAUCGAAUCUAGUGCCAACCCCUGAUUAUUAUCGCAUAUGUGUGAGGAUCGGCUCCGUCGAGGAACUGCUGGCCAGUUUGAAGAAAAUCGAAAAUCUUUCUAGUCAAUCGAGGAAACGAUUCGCUUAUCUUCAUCUAGAUAUCGCCCAUUCUGUCUCCCUCGAGUUCAACGACAUUUUGAUCUCUUUACUCAUCCAUGGAGCUCUCUACGAUCCAAAAAAAGCCAAAUUAGGAUUUUGGUUGAUCUCUCCGCAGACCAGCAUCGCCCUGGAAUUCGCCUCUCCUUUCGGAGUGAAUGAAUUUCCCAUCAUUGCUUACUUGGGUAAACAUAAGAUUUGUGAAUGCGAAAGGUCUCUUUUCACCUAUGAUUUAGCCGAGAUGCCACUAGUUGUUGGUCAACCCAUUUCCAUCAAUCGCUCCAACGCUCUUGUAGCUGCUGGCAAAUUUCUGCGGCUUAAGGAAGAUGGACAAGGCGGAUUGAAUGCGUGGGACUAUAUUUGUUUAGAACCCGAAACCAUUUCGGCAGUGCCUUUUCCAGAAGAACUAACCUUCGAUCUUUUAGUGGCCGCCUUCCAGCAUCCAGAAAAUCGAACUGCUCCCACUUUCACAGCUCUAAACGCAAUGGCCUCCUUCCUUUACCGCCAUAUCUCUGCCAUGAUUCAUAGUAUGUGGUUUAAUGGCUCUGCUGUGCACCUGUUUGAACGCGAAGAUUUGGCUCGAGUCUUCAAACUCAAUGUUUUCAACAUGUUACUCAAAGUGGCCAAUGACAGCAUUGCCCGUUGCUGGUCGAUGGUCAAUCAUGGAAAGAAACUGGCCGAAAUGGACUGGACCAAUCGUCAAAGGGCAAUGUUUCUGCUCGGACUCGAUGAGCACGGAUUAGUCACCGGGAUGAACAUUGUCGGACGUGACGCGGACGCUUUGAAAAAUAUGUUUCACACCUGCUUGCUGCCCAUUCUGCAGCAGCAGUGUCUCCGUUUCCAAGAACUCCGCGGAUGUAGAAAUUUAAUGGAAAACACGGAAGGCACCGAAGUGAUUCUCAAUGCCAUGAGGUCUCUCUUGCUUCUGGAUGGGACCGCCACUAGUAUCUCAAAAGUUCAUCAAAUGGACAGCCACCCCAAAAACACUCCUGCUAGUCAACGUUUGCUCGAACUCACAGGAAAAGAACAAGGGUACGUGCUGACGGGUGAUAAUAUCACGAAAAUGAUGUUCGCCCUUUAUCGGAUUCGCUGUGGCCUACCGGUGGUAGCUUUUGGAGAAGCUGGCGUUGGCAAAAGCGCUCUAUUCCGCUUCCUGAUUCAGACGUUACUGGGACAUACAUUCGAAGUGUUCAACGUCAACAGCGGGACGUCCAUCCAGCAUGUCAAAGAGAGCAUUGAAUGUGCUGUAACUAUUGUCAUGAUGAAUCCCGAAGCUCAAGUGUUCCUCUUUUUCGACGAAAUGAACACGGCCGAUCCUCCUGUCAUCGCUUUCUUCAAAGAGUUGAUGCUCGAUCGCCACUGUCACGGAACUGUUUUGCCGAAAAAUUUACAUUUGAUGGGCGCUGCCAAUCCUUACCGAUUUCUGCAAGAGGCCGAUAAGGAAGCCGCUGUCGGAUUGGCUUUUCGCUUUGCCCAGACGACCCAAGAUGGAAAUGGCGCCAGCGCCCGCACUACUGGCGACUUGGUUUACCGCGUCAAUGAGUUACCAAUCGCCUUCUACGAUCACAUCUACGACUUUGGACAUCUUUGCAGCGAGGCUGAAGACACUUACAUCGAUGAAAUCUGUCAACACGGACUACCAAUAUCCAUCUUCUUCCCGGCCUGCGUCACAUGGUUCUCCGGUCUCAUUCAAAAGAGUCACCGAGUAGCAAGAGCAUUGAGUGUCGAUCCAGAGUCGGCCGUGUCUCUUCGUGAUGCCACCCGAGCAGUUCAACUCUUCCGCUGGUUCUGUCAAUCUCCGGCUGGGCAAAAAUUGUCGCAAAUUGAUGUGGCAAAAGCAUCUGAUUUGACCAUCUAUCUAGUCUACGCUUUCCGAUUCCGUAAUCGUAAGAUAUUCUUGGAGAAUGUCUUUGGAAAAAAUCAAACCGCCUCCAAGAAUAUGACUGAAGUGUCCAGAAUUAUCGCCCAAAUGCUGUACGAGCAGGCACACGGAGCUUCCAUUGGUUCCGGCGCCAUUGCGUUGAACGACGCCCUUUGCGAGAAUCUUUUCGCCUUGUACGUUUGCGUACUAAAUGGAAUUUUCUUGAUUAUUGUCGGACGCCCUGGAUCAUCGAAAUCUUUGUCAGUGGAAAUCCUCAAGCUGGUUCUAUCUCCUGGCAACCACACGCUACGGCACAGUUUAGGAGAUUUGCCGGCCAUCACUGAACUUUAUUUCCAGUGCUCUCCACUUUCAACAUCUUCCGGAUUCAAAGCUCUUUUCGAAUCGGCCCAGCGACUCAGUGUUGACCCGAAGACUAUGCUGGCCAUGGUGGUGCUGGAUGAACUCGGCCUGGCUGAUAUGUCGCCAGAAAAACCAAUCAAAGUGUUGCACGCCGAACUAGAACGCCAAUCAGUUUUGACAUCCGGCGAAAAGCAACAAUCCCCCUACUCGGUAGUUGCCCUCAGUAAUUGGGUGGUGGACGCCGCGCAGGUGAAUCGCGGUAUCCUGAUUUUACGUACGCAAGCUGACAAGAAGGAUCUACUGGGAUCGGCCGAACAGUUGGCCGAUUCUUUAAUCGCCAAGUACGUGAAAGAAUCGAAAAGGAAGCGCAUCCGUUACAUGUUGACGGAAAGUCUAACAAGUAUCGUCAAUACCUACGAAGAAUUGGAUAAAAGAGAAGAUAUUGGUGGCGGACAUUUCUUCUCCAUGAGAGAUUUUUUCUUCUGCGUCAAGAAUUUCGUCUGCUCUGUGUUUGAAUCGGCCAACCAGAUGGAAGACUUUCGUGAACUGAAUAUUUCACAACAUUUUUUAAUUCAGUCGGUCAUUCGAAACUUUGGUGGCCAUGAAAAAGCCCGAAAUCUGGUCAGGAAUUGCAUGGCGGACUACCUCCGAAUGAACGUAAUGACCAUACCAAUUACGUCACCACUGGAUCUCAUCGUCUCGAACAUCCAGGAUUCUUCUAAACCGUUAUCAAUUCACAUCGCCAGACAUUUGAUGAUUCUCAACCGAUCUCUGAUUGGUUUACAACUGCUCAACCGCCACGUCAAAAGUAAAUUGGAAAAUGGCAUGAGCUGGAACGUUCUCUUCGGUUCCUGUUUCCCCGGCGAUCUACAAGUGACAGCCGUGACGAGAAAAUUGCGCCAAGUGGAGCAAGCCAUCCGGACAGGUGGCGUGCUUAUCCUUUGCCACGCAGAUCAACUCUUCGAAUCCCUUUACAUGGUCCUCAAUCAACAGUACUGGGCCCAGGGAGAGGUUACCAUGACUCAGAUCGCUCUCGGUCCUUCCAUCCGAGCCAUUGCUCUUCCCAGCGGCCCAUUUCGAAUCAUCGCCCUGCAGGAUACUGACGUAGCACUCAAUCGAGAGUUAAUGUCUCCAGCCAUCUUGUCCAGAUUUGAAAAGCAUGAAUUGAGGCCGUCGCACCUUCUGGAUGACGCCGGGCAGACUUGGCUCCACGGUGUCGAAUCCCAUUCCGUCUGGCUUGCUGUUCCAGAGGCGAUCAAGAGACAGAAACUUAUUUCUGGAUACCACGAAGAAUCUUUCGCCUCGCUAGCUCUUCAUUUGCAAGACAGAGGCAUUCCUAUGGAAGUGGAACAAGACGAAGAAGAGGAUCCCAACAGUGCAAAUUCCAUCUGGAUGCGAGCUGUCAACCCAAUGGCCAUGAUCAAAUUGGAACGUGAUUCCAUCACCCGCCAUCCGGAAUUGCAGGGCGUCUGCCGACGAUAUCGCCACAGCUUUGUUUUGGAAAGCCUCGAUGACGCUCUUCAGAAUAUCAAAUCAAAACGGAUGGUCGUCAUGACCAACACGCUUCGCCAUUUGGAGAUUAAGCCGAUCGACUCGUCCCGUUUUAACCAUUCCGUGAUCCAACUUUUCGACGUCCAAACUGAGCUUGAACUCGUACGACAGCUGGAAUCGAUCAGUGACGAAGAUUUAAGCGAUCCUGACUUUUGUCUCCUCGUCCAGUACGACGCGGUGACUGGUCCGAUCGAGCAAUUUCAACUGGCCAAAUACGAAGUGGAACAGCGUUUUGAGAAAACCGAAUGCCGCGUCAUUUUCAUCGUUCACGUCGAUCCUCGUCCAGCUGGUAUCCACUGGGUCUUUUCGUUUGGUGACAGUUGGAAUUACUGUUUCGUCGACGAAGUCGUUCACAGUGGCCCAGCCGACCAGCAUAAAAUCUCGCUGAGGGAGUUGGUUCAAUCGCCUUCUGACCAACCUUUGUCGAGCUUUAUCGAGGAAAUGUCGAUUGAUUCUUUCAAGUCAUUGCUGCUGGAAAUGCUCGGUCCAGUUUUACAAACAAGUCUGGCUAGCUUACGGUUAAGCUUGGGCCAGUUCUACAGUGGUGUACGGACGGCCUUGGGACUGCAGGGCAAUCAACUCUUGAUUGAAUUACUGAAAGAGUGUUUGCUGGCACAGCUAAUGAAGAACCAAAUCACCUGGAAUGUGGUCGAUGCCGUAAACGACGCCAGCUUCGAUUCAUCGUCGUCGUUAACAGAAGGCUUGUGGGGUGUUUUCAAACACAAAAUCAGCAAUCCACUGGCUCAUCUUUUACUUGUCAGUGACGUCUGGCGCAUUUCUGACCAGUCCUCAACAAAGCUGUGGUGUGAUUUCGUCAACGCCAACUAUCCUGACCGACUGAUGUCGCUCAAUUCAUCCGAUUCCCUUGUCCAAAUGCCAAUUGGUUUCCGCACUUGCACGCAACCCUUCGGUCGCUUACUGGCGUCUUUCGACACCCAUCUUAACGGACCGUUACAGUGGCUUCUUGAUCGUGUCUCUAAAAGCGAAGAUGCAAAAUCACAGGAAAUUAAAGAAGCUUAUUUCCUAGAUUGGUUUUUACUUCGUAUCCCUCCACAUUUACACCACUGUUUGAAAAAAUUGCCCUUGUCGAAGAUGAGUUAUAUUGUGGACAAUAUGUUUGAAGACCCGAAGAAUUUUUUCAUCGAGUGGGAACAGCGCGAAGCUGAUGUGGUUGCUGCUCUUGAACUGGCCAGCAUUGCGUCGUUCGCCAAGGCGGAUGUGACUGAUGGUGACAUUUGGGGCAGUGCUACUGGCCGGAUGCGUAAUUGGACAUUUUUCACGGAGACUGCGACUCGUUUGUCACUCGCGUCAUUGGCUUCUUCAGAUACCCUCAAUUCUCAAGGGAAAUUUAUGCAAGCAGUUUCAUCCAUCGAAGUGAGUCCGGCCCUGUCGAGUUUGUUGGAUCGCGUCGACGACUUGCCACAAGUUUGGCUGGGCUUGAGAAUCAUGAAAUGUGUCUUGUUAUUUGAUCCCGAGUCGAAAAUUAAACUUCCGGAUUUGCAAGUUUCGACGCCCAAGAGACUCUUUGAGAAACUGACCGAGUUAGUUGUCACUUCGAUCAUUCGGCCAAGAGUUGCUACUGGAAACGAAGCAAGAAGAUUCGUCCGCCAGGCCGAUUUGUACGCAUUGCUUAAGAGCACGUCAACUUGUGAUUCUCCUAAAGAACUUGCUAAAAUUCUAAGAGAAUGUCCCACAAAUAAUUCCAUCGUACUGCUAGAAGAAAAUGUCGACAAUGCAGGGCGUUGCUCAAGUUGCACUCAUCCCCUGAGUGCAGAAGAAGGCCAGUUCCUCCAUUUAAUGGCACCCAGUGCCGAAACAGUCGAAUUACUAUUUCAAGAUCACCAAAAAUUCAUGUUCUUCUUCGAACGAGUGGCCGAGCUCUUUAUCCAACAGCACAAGAACAAUCCGCACGACAUCCGGGAUUUCCUGCAAUUUCUUCUAAGUUCCGAUUCCCGUCUUCGAGUGUCAUGGCGCUUUUUGACCGUCAUCAUACGCACAGUCUUAUCAACUCGAUCCGGCGUUAGAAUCAUCGACGAGCUUCUGUUGGCGAUUCGUUGCAACUGGAUAACUCGAGAAUUGAAUGUCAAUGUGCAAAGUUUCUUGCGAGCAUUAAUCGCUUGUGCCGACCAAGAUGUCUGGAAGAAGCCCAACCAAGAGCCAUCCGAAGAUGUCAUUCAAGCAGCCAUGACUGGCGACUGGACUGUUGGUCGCAUUCGAAAAUUAGCACUCAUCCGCCAGCAACUGUCUAUGAAUGCAGGUGGAGCUGAAACGGCCAUCAUUCAGUGGUCUCGUUGGCGGAAAAAUCAAUCUGAUCAAUCCGUCACAGACGCUUUGCUCUUCUUCAUCUUGCGCUUCACUUCCGGCGAAGGAGAUCAGACUCGAUUGAGCAAUAUGCUCCGCCAUCCAAGAAUAGCCAAAGAACUGAGCCACCACAAAUUUAUUAGUGAUUACAUCGCUACACUAUCUCCGCUCUCUCUCGGAUUCCCUCUGCAGUCUGCAGACUUCACGGCCAAUCCUUUUCAAGAACGCUUGAUGAGCGGAAGUCUCUUGGAUGUAUUCGCCUUUCAACAUUAUCCUAUUCUACUAGAAUUCCAACCGGACUGGGCUCCUUUCAUCGCCCGAUUGGCCUACCACGCCAACGAUGUCUCCGUGACGAAGAAACUCUGUUUCCUGAGAGUAAUGACUACUAAUCUGAUCGCUUCAGCCGAAUUUCUGUUACCUGGUGUCGACAAUCAUCCCUACCUGCCCAGUUUCACCUUGGAACCAACUCGUUGGUAUCUUUGCAGCUGCGGUACCUUGAAUUGCGUUGGCAACUGUGGGCGGCCAAUGGUAACAUCUACUUGUGUGAAUUGUCGUGUUGCGCUGGGUCACAAUCACAUUGUUCGUGCGGGAGUUCGAUCGGCCACUGUCCGGGAUUUUCAAUCACCCCAUGGCUUUCAUGUGACACGAGCGCCAGCCUUGAUGGCAACUUUUUUCGUCAGAAAUUGUUCACCGAUCGUUACCCGAUUUGCCCUUUUGCUCAAUUCUUUGGCUUUGAUGAAUGCUGCUUUGAAUCCUCGGACGACCCCUGAGGCAAUUUCUCAAUUUCUACUUACGUUGCCGCUGACUGAGCGCAAGGAAAAUGAAGAUCGUCGUUCGUUCAUUCAACUCCUGUCGAAUCACAUCGUCGUUCACCUAGACCUUCUUUGCCAGUUACUGGUGACCUCUAGACCGCAACUUAGCAUGACGGACAAGUUCCGCAUCGGGCACUUGUUACUUCACAAAUUGCUGGAUUCGAUUGACGGCUCGUUUACGGCAAAUGCGGCCAACUACGCAAGCGGACCACGGGCGAGAGAAGAUUUUGAAAAUGGUUUAUCCCGACUGCUAAUUCAACAGACGAAUCUGGAUGUCGAACUUGAUAACAUUGCCGGACCUUCGAAAGCCUUUCAUCAAUCCUUGCUGAAAAAUGAAACUUCCUACUGGGCCUACGCUAGAAGAGUCUUUGCAGAUCGACAAUCCGUUCAACUAGAACUCGCCAGAAACGGCCUAUUGCGCCUCAAUUUCCCGUUCCUGAAUUUCCUGCUGGAUGACGAAAAUGGAAUGCGAAAGCUGAACGCUUUGCAAUACCUUGGCGAAGCUAUGCGUUUCGUCGCUCUUGUUCGAACCGUUUUACUUGGCGAAAUAACUCUAGAAGAAGCUAAUCGUAUGACCAUCGCCCAGGGAUUGGAAAAGAUCACGGAAAUCGUUUUGCAGAAAACGAUCCUUCUGGAUCGAGGACGUCCGGUUGCCUCCCGAGACCACGUGAUGCAUCUCUUUGACGGCUUCAAACAACUGUGGGAUCGAUUCAGUCAGUUGGAAAACGCGGAGAAGAAAACUUUCUUGGAUUAUUUCGAGUGCCAACAAGUCGAUGUCAAUGUCCGACCCAAAACGGUUUUGGACGAAACAGCUCCUGUGAUCCUGAUUUGUGCCGGCAGUGAAUUGCCUGAGACUACAUUCAGCUGUCAAUUAUUGAGUCAUGCGGUGGAAGCCGCAUCGUCCAUCGCUCUCACAGACUUCAUCCAGCCUCUUUGCCGGGCAGGCUCGGGCCGUGUUCGCAUCUCUUGUAGCAGUGCAGCAGCUUUGGCCGACUUUGAUGAGUCUUUAUACGCUCACGUGCCCACUGAAGAAGUCGAUCGUUUUAUCCGUGAUCACGUCAUCGACCGACUCACCCUCCAACUAGCAGAGUCAUUUGCUGUGGCUGCCGUUUUGGGGUCGGCAGGCAGUACUAUUGCAGAAGAUUUGGCACUUGACGUCAUCCCCGAAUUUGUUUUCAAAGAUGACAUGGAAUCGGGCAAUUAUCUGGUAGUCCUUGAGCGAAGAUCGAUAGUUUGGCAGCCAUCGUCGAUUCCACCCCAGUUACAAGAACUCAUCCUUGCCGAUUUGGAGAAAAACCGUAGCUUAGCUGAGGCUCGAUCUGUUCUCAUAUCUGCCAUUACACAUCUUCACUCGAAUACGGAGCCGCUCAUCAUCAGCAAAGUGCGAAAUCAUUACAUUUCGGACGUUUUGGAGGAGCUGAUGCAUGCGCAAAUCCUGACCGAGCGACACAUGUCCAACGCCACACUCAGCGUUCUCAAUCGCUAUUUGAGAUUGCAAGUUCGUCACGUGUUUGGUUUACUUAAAGCCAUCAUGGCGCGUAUGAAAGGUGACGAUAUUUUUGGCGGACGAAUCCCCGAGGGCUGGACUGCGGUUUUGUCUGAAGAUUUGGCCAAAUUGACGAGCCAGAAAUUGCGUGCCGAUGCAGAGGCUGGCGGAAUUCUAGAUACUUUACUGCAAAUGGUGAAUAUUGUUACAACUUCGCAACCUGUCCCUGUGUGGCUCACCCCUGAAAAUUCUUUGCUGUACGCCAUUCGACAAAUUGAAGGUCCCGAAUGGGAUGGAAUUCCUGUUGAGCUAAAAAUGGAAAAUCUCGGACAUUUACUUCUGAUUGCCGAGUCACUUGCCAAAAAAUAAGCCUUAGUUUCUUAAUUGUACUCAGGAACGUUUCAAAACGUCUUUCAUUUGUCAUGUCUUUCAUUUGUCAUGUAAUUAACUAUAGCAAAGUCACCGCAGUUAUUUUUAAUCAUUAAUCAAUCAAAAUUUCUGAAGCCGAGCUUUCUAAUUCGAAUUGUUUUUAUUUCUUGAUUGCGCAAUUUGAGAAUCACUAGUGAAAGCAGUUAAAAGUAAUAAAACAUGUACUGUACAUAUGCUCAAUUAUCUUUACAAUUAUUCAACCAAGAAAAUCAAUAAACAAUUUUUUUAAAUUGUAAAUUUAUUUUUAUUUGAAACUUGCUCAUGCAUAUGAGAUGUGACCAAGUGAAACAAUAUGAAUUUAUUUUACUAAUUCAGUUGGAAAGAUAGAGCGAAUAGAAUCAUGGGAGAUGGAAGUUGGAACACGAGAUACUGGGAGUGGAAAUUAAUUCAAUGCACCGCAAUGCACAAUAAAUUUAGAAAUAACCCCCACCCCCUUCCCCAAGAAAAAACUGGAGAAGUGGAAAUUUGUAGAGAUAAUUUCAAUUUUAUGGCAAGGUCUUAGUGCGAUUGUUCAUCCCGGCUUCACCCAUAUUACACAUCAUCCAACCCAACCUUGUAAGUCCACUAAAGCCAGCUAAAAUAAAAAAAUUUCAUUUAAA